GUCGCUGGGUCGGUUCCUCCCUGCAGAGAGGAGGAGAGCGGAGGAGAGCGGAGUGAAGGUCACAGCAGGAGAAUCCUCAUCACCAAUCAUACCUCCGUUCAACAAACAUUACAUCGAUGUUCGAUCAGCUGCUCGGAUUCAUCAGCUGCACUCGGAGGAGAGCGUCAUGAUGUGAGACAGGAGAACUGAGAUACAGCUGCUGCAUCCCUGCCUGUCUCACUGCUGCUCGCCUGUCUGACUGAUUGAUUCUCCAGCAGAGCCCUCAGCUACUCCACCUGUCUCUCCGCUCCUUCACCUGUCUGUUCAUUCUUCUCUGCCUGUCUUUCUCUCUGCCUCGCCGUCAUGGGGAACCGGGGGAUGGAGGACCUCAUCCCGCUGGUGAACCGGCUUCAGGAUGCCUUCGCCUCCAUCGGCCAGAACUCGAGCCUCGACCUGCCGCAAAUCGCGGUGGUGGGUGGGCAGAGCGCCGGGAAGAGCUCCGUGCUGGAGAACUUCGUGGGCAAGGACUUCCUCCCUCGUGGCUCUGGCAUUGUUACUCGUCGCCCCCUGGUGCUGCAGCUCAUCACCUGUGCUACAGAAUAUGCAGAGUUCCUGCACUGUAAAGGGAAGAAGUUCAUAGACUUUGAUGAAGUUCGUCAGGAGAUCGAAGCAGAAACUGAUCGAGUCACUGGGGCAAACAAAGGAAUCAGUCCGGUCCCCAUAAACCUGCGAGUCUACUCACCACACGUGUUAAACCUGACUCUGGUGGAUCUUCCCGGGAUGACGAAGGUGCCGGUGGGGGACCAACCGGCGGACAUUGAGCACCAGAUCAGAGAAAUGCUCAUGCAGUUUGUCACAAAGGACAACUGCCUACUAUUGGCUGUGUCCCCUGCCAACUCUGACCUCGCCAACUCUGAUGCUCUGAAAAUUGCCAAGGAGGUCGACCCGCAAGGUCUGAGGACCAUUGGUGUGAUCACCAAACUGGAUCUGAUGGAUGAAGGAACCGACGCCAGAGACAUUUUGGAGAACAAACUGCUGCCACUACGCAGAGGUUACAUCGGGGUGGUGAACCGCAGUCAGAAGGACAUUGAUGGGAGGAAAGACAUCACAGCAGCUCUGCAGGCAGAGAGGAAGUUCUUCCUUUCGCACCCUUCAUACCGACAUCUGGCCGACCGCAUGGGCACCGCCCACCUGCAGAAAGCCCUCAACCAGCAACUGACCAACCAUAUCCGGGAUACACUGCCAGCGUUACGCAGCAAAUUGCAGGGUCAGCUGCUGGCCAUUGAAAAGGAGGUGGAGGAGUACAAGAACUUCAGGCCAGAUGACCCAGGACGCAAGACCAAGGCCCUGCUGCAGAUGGUGCAACAAUUUGCGGUGGACUUCGAGAAGCGCAUUGAAGGAUCUGGAGAUCAGGUGGACACUUACGAGCUCUCCGGGGGAGCAAAGAUCAACCGCAUCUUCCAUGAACGCUUCCCCUUCGAACUGGUCAAGUUGGAGAGUGACGAGAAGACUCUCCGAAAAGAGAUCAGUUAUGCUAUCAAAAACAUUCAUGGAAUUAGGACGGGUCUGUUCACACCUGACAUGGCGUUUGAGACGAUCGUUAAGCGCCUGAUUGCUCAAAUCAAAGAGCCGUGUCAGAAAUGUGUCGACAUGGUGAUCAAUGAGCUCGUCAACACUGUGAGGCAGUGUACACUGAAGUUGGCUCAGUACCCGAUGCUCAGAGAGGAGAUGGAGAGAAUCGUCACUCAGCACAUCAGAGACCGAGAGAGUCGCACCAAGGACCAGGUGAUGCUGAUGAUUGACAUAGAGUUGUCCUACAUCAACACAAACCAUGACGACUUCAUUGGCUUUGCAAAUGCCCAGCAGAAGAGCAAUCAGGCGAGCAAGAAGAAAGCAGCAGGAAACCAGGAUGAGAUCAUGGUGAUCCGGAAGGGCUGGCUGACCAUCAACAACAUUGGUAUCAUGAAGGGAGGAGCUAAAGACUACUGGUUUGUCUUGACUGCUGAGACACUGUCCUGGUACAAAGAUGAUGAGGAGAAGGAGAAGAAGUACAUGCUUCCUGUAGACAACCUGAAAUUCAAAGACAUAGAGAAGAGCUUCAUGUCCAGCAAACACAUCUUUGCCCUGUUCAGCACUGAGCACAGGAAUGUGUAUAAAGAUUACCGUCAGCUGGAGUUGGCCAGUGAUUCUCAAGAGGAGGUGGACAGCUGGAAGGCUUCUUUUCUACGAGCUGGGGUGUACCCUGAACGCAGCGUGGACAAAGACAAGUCAGAGUCCGAGGAGUCAAGUGGAGAUGGGCAAAUCCACAGUAUGGACCCUCAGCUGGAGCGACAGGUGGAGAUCGUCAGGAACCUGGUGGACUCUUACCUGUCCAUUAUUCACCGCACUGUCAGGGACCUCAUCCCUAAAGCCAUCAUGCACCUAAUGGUCAACAAUACAAAGGAGUUUAUCCAUGCUGACCUGCUGGCUCAACUUUACUCCUGUGGAGACCAAAAUAGCCUGAUGGAAGAGUCCCAGGACCAGGCAAUGCACCGUGAUGAGAUGCUAAGGAUGUACCAUGCUCUGCGCGAGGGCCUUAGCAUCAUCGGGGACAUCAGCACUUCAACAAUCACCACAACAAUGCCACCUCCUGUGGAUGACUCCUGGCUGCAGGUGACCGGGAUGCCAUCAGGACGCAGGUCCCCCAUGUCCAGUCCCACCCCCCAGCGCCGGGCCCCUCCUGGACCUCCUCGUCCAGGCGGUCGUGCUGCCCCAUCUCGCCCCGCAGUGUCACCUGACCCUGGACCCGCACCCUCUGUGCCCUCCCGACCCAAUAGAGCACCCCCACCUGGAGUCCCCAGUCGUCCAAAUAAAGGUAGCCCUGCCCAUGGAGAGAGCCCCCAGUCUUCUAUUGAGGGUUAACCUGAACUGAUUGUGUUUGUGUCUCUACUGAACUGUUCUACUGUUCUCUACUGAUGCUGUGUUACUGUGACCCUUACUAGUAAUAAUGAUUAAAAAAAAAAGAUAUAUUUAAUAUCAGCACAUUAUGACUAUAUAUCAAAUGAUAAGUAAAACACUACUGCAAUAUUGAGUUUAUAGAUAAGUUGUCCAGCUCUCUGUCUACUGUAAGGAGAGUGGGACAGGCCAGCUGCCGGUCUGUCAGCCUUCUAACACUGUCUGUCAUAUCACAUCAAUAUGACGGUGACAGAAAUAUGGGAUUUAUCAGGGUUAAAACAUACUGUAGAAGACUUCAGCAAUGCUGUAGAAGUGAAGAUCUCUCACUCCUCUUUGGAUAUUCCGGCUGCUCUGGGAUCAGACACGACUUCAGUAAGCAAGCUAAUAAGCAAGUUUGCUAGCUCCAUCAACUCCUUGAAUUGAAUAUAUGUUGCUCUGAUAAUUAUUUUCUUUCUCUCUUGUGUGAAGCCAACAAGAGAGUAUUCUUAUUUAUGCAGAAAUGUUUCUUUACAGUGUAAAGUUUACAUGUUGUUUUUAAUUAUGUAUUUUUUGAUCUAUUUAUUGAUUAAUUUAUUAUCUGCAUUUGUGAUCAAUAUGACAUUCUUUAUGUGAGCUGUCAUCUUGUUCAUGAAAUGUUUCCCACCAAAUAUAUUUGGCAUUGUUAGCUUUUAUCAAUCUUAACCAAUGGUAUGUGAAUCUACUGUACUCGGUUCGAUUCUUGUCCUCUAAAUUGCAUCACUACAAUCUUGUUCUAACUGGUUCUAAAUGAUUCCAAUUCUUUCUAAUUGAGAGUAACUGGUUACGUCUGGCUCCUACUUCCAAUUGGCUCUUACUGGUUCCAGCUUCUUGUAAUUGGCGCCUGUUUGCUCAGACUGGUUCUGAAGUCAGACACAAAUAGCCAACAAAAACAUCCAUUUAAUAUUCACAAUGCGGAUGUGUACAUAACUCCACACUUGAGUCCAGUAUUUCAUGGUUAACUCCAGUUUAAUUGUAACUACCAACCACAUUUAUUGGGCACUUUUAAUUCAAAAUGAGCAUUGUCUCUGAACGUGAUGCCCAUUGAAUCCAAUGUUUUUUUUCCACUGGUUUCUUUCCUUGAAAUGUUAUAUGUUCUAGAUCAGAGCUUUAUUUAUACAUAUUUUUUAUGGCUGCUAAUGGAGGUUUGAUGAAUAACUUCAGGAGGUGAAAGUGUUGUAAAAGGAAAUGUUGCAGACACGAUCUGUCAUGCAGGUUUGACAAGUCUUAAUGUUCUUCAGAGACACACCAGCUGUUAGAUUUUAUCCAUUGACUGUACGUGAUGAUUCGACUGAACAACAGUCUGUACAACUCUAAUCUAUAACUGCUGAUGUAUUUAUUCAACCUGUGUAUGUGUAUAAUGUUCAUUAUGUAGUGAUUAUGUCAAGUUAGCCGAGCUCUGAGCUGCGUUCAACACCACAUGUGCUCUUCUGUGUUAGCGGAGCGUGUUAGUAGCUGUGAAGUGUCUUCUUGUAUUUAGAUUACUGUCAGCAUGGUAGUUAUACUCUGAUUUAAAGUAGAAAUGUUCCUGAAUUUUUCGUAAGAAAAAAAGUUAAGUAUUGCAAAUGUUGCUGUGCAGCAGCGUGUUGCACGCAGCUCAGCCUCACACAAAUAUACACACACACACACACCUGUGAUAGUGGACAGUUCACUCUGUAUGAUAUUAAUAUAAAUGUAAUGUUUACAGAAUAUAUGAAGAUAAUAAUGAACCAUAUAUAUGUGAGGGACAUAAAUGUAGAUCUAUUCAACUGAAAUAUGCAGCGGCCGAGACUGUAGUGUAUAUGUGUGUAAUAGUGUGUAUGUGUGUGCGUGCAGUUUUGUUGUGUAUCUUUAGUGUCAUGUGAUCAGGGCCAACAGAGAGAUGUUAAAUAAAGUUUGAGUGAAUGAAGAA